CAAUUAAACUGUCAAUCUUUGAUACAUAGAUGCAUUUCAGUGCAAGAGUAUGACAAACAGUUCUGUCUGAGGGGUAGAGGCCCAAUUAUUGAUGAAGGAAAUAGAAAUUGUAAUAUAUAAGGAGGUCGUGGUGGCCCUAUAAUCCCCCAACAAAGAAGACUGAGCGGGACGGUGUGAACCUCGGUGAUCUUCCCCACAGUUAUCCCCUCAGGAAGGAAUAAUGGCAACUGCGAGUGAGAGAAUAGAUCCACAUAAGGUUCAAGAGAGCUUGGAAGUUUUCUGCGCCCAAACCGAGAAAAGACUGGAGGAGUUGGAAGCGUCAGUAGGACAGAGAUGUGAGACUGUGGCCCAGGAUGACAUCCCUGAUCUGAUGAAGACCAAGCUGCACCUGCAGAGUCAGAUUGAAGCUAUAAUAAACUCUGAUUUAGUGGAGCUACCCAAUGACAGCCACUUACUGAUCAAGGUGGCCAAGGAAGAGGCUGAAACUAUGGCCAAUGAUAAUGCAAGAACUCUGUCUCAUUACAGAGAAAAGUUGAUGAAGUUAAAAGAGGAGAAAAACAUGUAUGAAGAAAUGAUAAAGAAAGCAACUCUUGUUAAUGAACAGCUGGACCAAAUACUUAAUAAGAGAUCAGAAAAGGACAAACUUGAACAAAUAAGAAGAGGGUAUGAACGAUCAGCAGUUUUCUUCCGAUUGCUGCGCAGUCAACUGCAGGUUAUACUCGCAGAGUUUUAUCCAGGUGACGGAGACAAGAUAACAAUGGAGAACCUACUAGAAAGCUUGGUCACAAAGAUGCUACAUGACCAGAAUGACCCUUACGUUGACAUUGAUGACACAAUGAAAAGUAGCCACAUAGAGCUGCUGCUUCGUGUCAACUUGAUCACCAGACACCCUCAAAACAUCAUGAAAAUUAGAUUUGUGGAUCCUAGAUAUUAAAUGAGAAAUGGGGGUGCCCUAAUACUGGUGAAGUGUUCUUGAUCCAGAGAAUUGGAACUACCUUCUCCUUUUAUCAAACCCGAUUAAUUCCCAUUUCCCAGACACUGUAUGAUCCUACUAGCUUAGCAUUUUCCCAUAAAUGCUCAAUGUAAUAAUUGUAAGCUUAAGACAGUUAUCACAAUCAUUCUGUCCAACUUAUGUCUUUUUCUGUUUUUUCAAUAUUACAUGCACAAAUAAAUCAGCUGUAUUUUU